UGACUGGAGCACUAGCUAAUGGUAAUUCAUUGCUGCCUUUUGUCUUACAGCCUCUAAGAGAUCUGGACAGCAAAGGCCGAUGCAUUUCUCAGUUUGGGGUCAGUUUCUUUCACCGGCAGCGCUACAUAACUCAGAUACAGAGUGUUGGGAAUGCACUUGGGGAAAUACUGGUAGAGUCACGCAUAGUUGCUGAGAAUACAGGAAUCAUCUCCUGGCAGAGUUUUGGUGCGAAGCAUCCUUCUUUUCUUAUUCUGAAGAUGAGCACUGAGGAGGUGACUUACACAACCCUGAGAUUUCUUCAGUCUCCUUCAGAGGCACGGAAUAAACUAAGACCCAAUGCAACUAAACGGCCCAGAGAAGCUGAUGAGAAAGGAUUUGCAGUGCCCUGGCAUCUCAUUGCAGUGACUCUUGGGAUCAUUUGCUUACUUCUGCUGAUGACAGUUGUGGUGCUGGUGAUGAAGAUUUUUCAGGAAAAAAAUGAAAAGGAGAAACUUCAAGAAAACCUCAGGCAAGCGCAGAAUGACAGCACUUUAAAGGAACGUUUGAUAAAUAAGACUUUAGAAUAUGAUGCUCUUAAAAAUGAAACACAUCAGAAAAACAAAGAACAGGAAUUGUCUUUCAAGAACAACUGUCAUAGGAAAAAUAAGACCUUCUUUUCAAAAUGUUCGCAAAAUACAGGUCAAACUUGGGGAGGCCACUUGACCUGUUGUGGAGUAAAAUGCUACUACUUUAUCAUGGAAAGUAAAGACUGGAAUCGCUGUAAGAAAACUUGUCAGAAUUACGGAUUAUCCCUUGUGCAGAUAGAAGAUAAAGAUGAACUGGACUUCCUUCGACUCCAGCUUGGUGGAAGUUCUUACUGGAUCGGGCUGUCAUUUGAUACCGGGGAAAAUGGGUGGAAGUGGACGGAGAGCGGCGCGUCUCCCGGAAUUACUGUGAAACUUCCGUCUUCUCGGGAAGGAAAAUGUGCAUUUUUAAGUGCAACAAGAAUAUCAAAUAUUGACUGCAUUAAGACCUACAGUUGUAUCUGUGAAAAGAGAAUGAACGAUACUUUCCCUGUGUCACUGUGCGGUAAGGAGGAAAGGAAACAAAGCAAAGGAACAGAGCUGAGUUUGAAAAGAAAGAAAACGUCCCUUAAGAAUGUGGUUUAGCGAUCAGAAGCCAUUUUUCUUCCUGGAGAAGAGGAGUUGCCUUUGGGAAUCACCUUGAGAAUUACUUUCUCUUUCUGUUCCUGAACCACCUACAGGAACAAUUGAAGAACCCUGAGAAACAGCCUGCACCUUUUCCUUAUCCACAGGGGAAAUCAUUUCAGUAUCUUUUCAUCCAGAUACCAUAAACAAGAAAUAGAAAAGCAGGCAAUGGCAAAUGCCUGUCAUCCCAGCACUCUAGGAG